GGGCACAAGGCUACCGAGGGGCGGGGUGGAGCGGAGUGUCCCGCCGGAAAGUGGCGGUUUGCUAGAGGCGGUUAGUUUAGAGUCUGUGGUGGUGUGAGUCUGUGGCGAGCUGCGGGUCUAUACUAGGUCCGUGCUGUCUUAGCUGGAGUGGGACUCCCCGAGGCCUGAGAAACAGGCUGUUCUCUGGCCCCGAACUCCCCGGCGUUCAGCGGUUGCCUCCGUUUGGAUACCGAUUAUUUGGACUCUCCCUCAGACCCAGUUGUCAUAGAUGCCAGGAAGUAUGGCCCCCCUCAAGAAGACUCGAAAUACCGCAAAGUUGCCUCUGGCUUUAAACCCCCUGAAGAGCAAGGACGUGUUGGCAGUGCUGGCUGAGAGGAACCAGGCCGUAGUACCAGUAGGGGUUUGGGUGGAGCCUGCCCCGCUAAAUAGUUCGGAAGUCCCGGCAUAUACUUCAGCAUAUAUAAUUGAAGAAGAACUAAAGGAACAGCUAAGGAAGAAACAAGAAGCUCUGAAGCAUUUUCAGAGACAAGUCAAACGCCGAGUAAAUCAACAAAUUAGGCUGAGAAAGAAACAAGAGCUUCAGAAGUCUUACGAAGCAGCAGAAAAAGAAGGCUCUAUAGCCAUGCACUCUUCCGAUCCAUUCCACUUAACUCCUAAAAGAACAAGCGUUUUUUCAAAUACUUUGAAUGCUGCUGUUGGAAGUGCUGGGUUACCUCCUUCCCAGAUGCUUGAGGAUGGAAUAGAAGAUAGAGAGAAUCAGAAUGAACUAUUCCAACAACAAGCCCAGGCUCUUAGUCAAACCAUGAAACAAGCACGUCACCAGCUGGCAUCUUUUAAAACUGUGAAUAAAAAAAAUGCACCAGUGUUUCCAGAUGACAGAAAGAAAAGCUUUCCCACCCAAGAGGAAGUACCUUGUAGGAAACCAGCAUUCAUCAAGAUAAAUAUAGGAACAAGUGGAAAAUCACCCUUUGAGGUCCAACAAGAUCUUUUAACUCCUGUACAUGACCAGAAAUUUACGGAAGAUCAGGAAUCUGACUCUGAAGAAUCUCCAUCUAUUAUGAUAGAUAAGAAAGGGAAAGAGAAUUUGUCUUGGGGUUACCAGCAGGAUCUCCUUUCUGAAGACAAGGAUAUAACUUUCAACAGAGUUCAGAAAGUACAAUUCAAAAAUCCAUUAUCUGCUAUGACAGAAGAGAAGGAGGUAGAGCAGUUACAUCAGGAUAUUUUGCCAAAAGCCCAGGAUUAUCUUCCAGAAGCCCAAGGAGAUCUGCUGCAACCCCAGGGUGAUUUGAUAGACAUCCAGAGUGUUGAACUGGAAGCCUGGAGUGUUGAGCCAAGACCCAGUACCCAGGAUAUGGAGCUGGAAGGCCAAGCAGUUAAGCUCAAAGCCCAGGCUGUUAAGACAAGAACUCGGAGUGUUCUGCUGAAAACCCAGAGUGUUGAACUAGAAGAGGGGAAUAUUGUUUUGGAAGGCCAAGAUUUUCUACCCCAAAACCAGGCUUUUCUACACACAGAUGAGGAUUUUUCACCCAAAGACCAGAAUAUUCUACUUGAAUGUCCAGAACAGGAUUUUCUACCCAAAGACCAAUGUGCUUUACCCAGAGACCAGCAUGUUUUCCCCAAAGACCAGAAUAUUCUACCCACAUAUCAGGACCAUCAUUUUCUAACUGAAGACCAGAAUAUUCUACCCAAAUGUGAGGACCAGGAUUUUCUGCCCAAAGACCAGCAUGUUCUCUCCACAGACCCAGAAUAUUCAACCCAAAACAGAUGUCAGGACCAGAAUUUUCUACCCAGAGAUGAGAAAGCAAAUUUAAAGCAACCAACAUCAAUUUUGACAGGUAGGAAUGGGAGUGAGGCGUUUCCUCUGGAUGUCCAUCAGGAUCUACACAGGCAUCAAGUUGAGGCCUUCACCAGGGGCAAGAAGGUGCACUUCAAGGAGUCGUGUUUUGAGAUGACAAGCGAGAAAAAGAGACACCCUUCUCUGGCAGGUUGUCAGAAUCUGCCUCCUAAACUUCAGGAUCAGGCCUUCAUCAGAGAUGAGGUAGAGCAGAAUCAAAAAGAGAUACAAAGAGAUAAAAACAAGUAUAGCAAACAACCCUCAUCUUUUGAGAAAUGGGAGAUUGAAAAAGGAAUUGCUUCUGGAGUGCCAUCGAUAUGUUUCACCCAGUGUUCAAGACCUACCCUCUCCCAGACAAGCUUAUAUUCCAAACAGCAGCUGUCUUUUGGAAGAGCUGAACAGUGGCAAGAUGAUUUGCUGCUGGAUGGCCAUCAGCAUCGUCCACCCCAGCACCAGAGAGAGGCUUCCAUCAGAAGACAGGUUGGUGAUGAAUAUCAAUCAGGAUUGAAUACUGAAUACCAAACUCCACUGGCAUUUCAGUCUGGAGUAAACCAAGAAGAAGACAAGAAAGAGCGUCAAAAGCAGUACCUGAGAUAUAGACGACUUUUCAUGGAUAUUGAAAGAGAACAAGUGAAAGAACAACACAGGCAAAAAGAACAGAGGAAGAAAAUUGAAAAAAUUAAGAAAAAGAAAGAACAGCAACGUUAUGCUGAAGAGCAGAGGAUAUUGAGAAUGAACUUUCCUGAAGAGCCAUGUUCAGGGGAGAAGAUGAGUGAGAUAUUAGCCCAGCUACAGCUUGAGGAAGUAAAAGGAGCCAGAGAAAAACAACAGAGAGAAAAGGAACACCAAAGAUACGUAGAAGCUUUAAGAGCCCAGAUCCAGGAGAAGAUGCAGUUGUAUAAUAUUACUUUACCUCCACUGUGCUGCUGUGGUCCUGAAUUUUGGGAUGCUCAUCCUGAUACCUGUGCCAACAAUUGUAUUUUCUAUAAAAACCACAGAGCGUACAACCGGGCACUACAUUCAGUCAUCAAUUCCUGUGAUAUCCCUGAAGGGAACUCAACUCUUCGAACUGCCAUUCAUAAUUUUGCUUCUGCACACAGACGGACUUUGAAAAAUCUGUAAUAAAAAUCUGAUCAACUGUUA